AUGUUAAGGCUUAUCACACCAAAAGUGACAGUUACCUCAAAAGUUAUAAUGUUGAAUUCCGUUAAAAGGAGUUCCAUUCAAAAAAUUAAUCCAAAUUUUGUUAAAUAUAUGCAAAAUUCAGGACGUAAAUUUUAUUCAACUGGUUCGAAAUCAACAAAUAACGAUCCAGAUUUAUCUAAAAAUGAAAGAACUUUUGCUCCAAAAUGGUUUCAAUAUUUCUUGAUAUCUACUAUUGCUGGUGGUAUUGGUUAUAUGGUUUCUGAUGUAGAUAAAUUAAAAUCUGAUCCAGUCAGUUACAUGUUUAGAGAUGAAAAAUUCAUUAUUCAAGGUUCAACUUUACCUUUAGAUGAACUUGAUUCGCCUCAAUAUAAUACUGAUGAAGAUCAAAUUGCUGAAUUAUGUACUAAAUUGAAAGUAUUGUUGAAAAAUAAUUCUGAUAACUAUUCAGAUUAUCCAAAUGAUUUAACUGCUCAUUCUGAUACUGAAUUUAAUACUCAUCAUGCCACUAAGAAUCAAAGACCAAAAUUGAUUGUAUUCCCACGUAAUACCGAAGAAGUCUCUCAGAUUGUUAAAUUAUGUAAUCAUUAUAACGUACCAAUUGUUCCAUUCUCUGGUGGUACUUCUUUAGAAGGACAUUUCUUACCAACUAGAUCACCAUGUAUUUCUAUUGACAUGUCAAAAUAUAUGAACAACAUUGUUGCCUUCCAUGAACUGGACCAAGAUAUUACUGUUCAAGCAGGUUUACCUUGGGAAGAUUUAAACGAUUACUUAAACGAAAAAGGUUACAAGUUUGGUUGUGAUCCAGGUCCAGGUGCUCAAUUAGGUGGUUGUGUUGCAAAUUCAUGUUCUGGUACAAAUGCUUACAGAUAUGGUACAAUGAAGGAAAAUGUAGUUAAUUUAACUAUUGUUCUACCAGAUGGUCAAGUCAUUAAGACAAGAAAGAGACCUAGAAAAUCUAGUGCCGGUUAUAAUUUGAAUGGUAUUUUCACUGGUAGUGAAGGUACUUUAGGUAUUGUGACCGAGGUCACUGUAAAGGCUCAUGUUUUACCAAAGAUUGAAACUGUUGUUGUUGCUUCUUUCCCAAAUAUAAAGGAAGCAGCUGCUUGUUCAAGUGAAGUUAUUCAAAGUGGUAUUCAAUUAAAUGCAAUGGAAUUAUUGGAUGAUAAUAUGAUGAAAUUGGUUAAUGAAAAUGGUAUGACUCCAAGAUCCGAUUGGAUGGAAUCUCCAACAUUAUUUUUCAAAGUCGGUGGUAAUUCUUCUGUUAUUACUGAUGAAUUAUUAAAACAAUUAAAGACUAUCGCCAAAAAACACGGUACUAAGAAAUUUGAAUACGCUAAAUCUGAUGAAGAUAAAUUAGAAUUGUGGGAAGCUAGAAAGGUUGCAUUGUGGUCUGUCUUAGAUGCAGGCCAAAAGGGUAACCCAGAGGCUAAGGUUUGGACCACGGAUGUUGCUGUUCCACUAUCUAAUUUCUCAAAGGUUAUUGAUGAUACGAAAAAGGAUAUGGCUAAAACAGAUCUAAUUAAUGCUAUUGUUGGGCAUGCUGGUGAUGGUAAUUUCCAUGCAUUCUUGAUUUACCGUAAUCAAACCGAAUAUAAGCAAUGUGCUACUUUAGUUGAAAGAAUGGUUAAACGUGCUUUAGAGGCAGAAGGUACCUGCACUGGUGAGCAUGGUGUUGGUAUUGGUAAGAGAGAUUUCCUUCAAGAAGAGUUAGGUCAAACUACUAUUGAUUUGAUGAGAAAGAUUAAGAUUGCCAUUGAUCCAAAGAGAAUUAUGAAUCCAGAUAAGAUUUUUAAGAUUGAUCCAUUGGAACAAAAACAUAUCGAACAUGAAGAUCAUAGCGAUUAA